AUGCAACUGAUGACAAAUAAAGAGGAUACAUUGUUUGCUAAAAUUGAUUAUAAAAAUGAAUCUGGAUUGGGUGACGUUAGGAUUAGUUUAUGUGGCGGCGAUACGCAGAAAAUAGAAGGUAAUUCAAAGUUUCAAGAUUCCUUGUUGGAUAAAGGUCCUUUUAUUAGACGAGAUAAUGUGACCGGUGCUGUAAUCGCGGAAAAAAGCUAUGUUAGCCAGAUUAGUAGCGUUAGACAUAAGCGAAUUAACAGCUACAGAAUUGCCAGCCAUGAAGAGUUAUGGAGUGAUUUACGAGAGGCAGCAAUAAUUAACGUCGUUGACAUUCUCGAAUAUCACGAUCUUGAAUGCGAGACAGGAAAAUUUAGAGAAGUUCACAAGAAGAAAGAAAUCAAUAUAGGAAUAAAAUUACAUCAGUUGCUUAGAUCCGAAAACUGUAUGUUGUUUAGUAAAAACUUGUAUAAACUGAUAUUUGAUAUCGUUCCGGCAUAUUUUACUCAAUAA